AUGGUGCAGGCUGUUCAAGUGAUUAAGAAACUUCUCGAUGAUUAUCAGAAGUCUACGCCGUCAAGACUCAAGAUUAUCGACGCCUAUAUGGUCUAUAUAUUGCUUACAGGCAUUGCACAGUUUGUCUACUGUCUGUUGGUAGGAACCUUCCCGUUCAACUCGUUUCUUUCGGGAUUCAUCUCAACAGUAACUUCCUUCGUUCUUGCAUCUUGCCUCCGUACGCAAGUAAAUGAGGAAAAUAAGUCAGAGUUUUCCCACAUUUCUCCCGAGCGAGCCUUUGCCGAUUUUAUAUUCGCUCACGUUGUUCUACAUCUGGUUGUUGCAAAUUUCCUGGGUUGA